UCGGCCAUUCAACGCCUCGGGCUGACCACCCACCCAUCAGGGCUCAACCUUGUUCCUCCACACCUACUACCAGUUCCCAGUUCCUGUGAAGCCGAAGCCAAAGCUCACCAGGAUGUCUCUGCUUGCCUCUUGGCUACGGCGGCUGCGGUUGGGCAGCUCCCGCAGCACGGUGGACCCUUGUCCCUGCCAGUCUCACGACUCCAUCGCCAUCGUCGAGAAGGCCGACCUCCUGCCUGACCAAUCCCUCGAAUCAAGGUCGGAAGAGGUCCAGCGGCUCGUUCGGGCUAUCGCCGAUACCCAUGCCGAGCUGCUCACGCUGCCCGAUCUGCGGCCGGGAAAGGCCAUCAACCACCUGCUAGGCAAUCUCGUCUCGGUCUGCUCAGAAAUCCACGACCGGGAUGUCGUUGAGAAGGUCCUCGCUCACCCCGACGUCCAAUCCAUCCUCCCCUCCCUCCGCCAGCUCUGCGCCGACGCCGAGUCCUGCCUCGAGCUGCACUGGGCCGAGCACAUCCUCGGCAGCCAAGCCGACGCCCAUGAGUCCAGCCCGGACGCAGUGCUCGCCCGUCUCAAGACCUUCCCAUACUACGACAACUACGAGGAACUCACGCGCCUCGAGCUCUGCGCCAUCCUCUCCGCCACCAAGACCCCGCCACGGCGGGUGGCCUUCAUGGGCUCGGGCCCGCUGCCGCUGACCUCGCUCUGCCUGCUGCAAGCCCUGAAGCGCGGCGCGCUCGUCAGCAGCAUUCCCGCCCUUUCCGGACCCCAGGAGGAGGAGGGCAAGGAGGGCGAGGAGAAGGACGAGUCGACAGCCCCAGUCGAGCCGGCGGCGCCGCCGGUCGUGCUCAACGUGGACCACGACGCGGCGGCCAUCGAGGCGUCGCUGCGGCUGAGCCUGGCGCUGGGCGAGGCGGGGCGCGGGAUGGAAUUCGUCUGCGCCGAGGCGGCAGCAGCAGCAGCAGGAACAACGGCAACAACGGCAGCGCCGCAGUCGCCGGCCGCCGAGGCGCGCGAACGCGACCUGGCCGAGUUCGACGUCGUCUACGUGGCCGCGCUGGUCGGCGCCUCGCAGGCCGCCAAGGAGGACAUCGUGCUGCGCGUGGCCGCGCGCAUGCGCCCCGGCGCGCUGCUGGUCGUGCGCAGCAGCUGGGGCUUGCGCACCUGUCUGUACCCCGAGGUCGACCUGGCCACCGAGAGGCUGCUGCCGCGGCUGGAGCCGUGCGUGGUGGUGCAUCCGUAUGGGCAGGUCGUUAACUCGGUUGUUGUGGCGAGGGUUAGGGGGUGAACAUCAUACAUUCUAUUUAGAGCAUAGAAGUUGGGGGGCAAAACUGAUUCUAGAGGGAGGGGGUAAUAAUGGUGGUGGGCCGUUCGGUGGCAUGGAACUUCAGCAUUUUAGCAU